GUCAUUUACCUCAGGCAGGGGCAGGGACGCGAAUGACGCCCCCAGUACAUCGAAAUAUCGAUACAUUUCCUGUGAGUUAUCGAUAAUUUAACUGCUUCCUGAAGUGUGGGUAGUGAAGUUACGAUUGUUUGCGUCCCGAGAAACAACAUUUCCACUCAUCCCGCGGUUUUUCCCGUACCAAAUCGAAACAAAUCGCCCGACAUACAUUGAACCGUGUCGCGGUGGCAUCUUGACAACAACGACGACGCGGAUUGAUACUGCCCUUUUUUGUGCGGCCAGUGGGAGCGCUCGGCAACUGAAAAGAUGCCCAAGAAGCCCAGCAGGUUCUGGAUGUUCUUCCAGAAAAUCGACAGGAACACGGCCGAGUGCAGGUUGUGCGGAAAACACCUAAGGACUUGCGGAAACACCACGAACCUGGGCAAACAUAUCAGACGCCACCCAAAUUACCGCGAAUUGGCCGGCGACAGCGACGACGACAAACCCAUUAAGCGCGAGAAACUCUGGGCUUCUGGCAGCUCGCCUGGCGGCGACGCUACUGACGGAUUCGCGGAUAUCGACUAUAAUGAAAUGUCGACGGAAGAAGUUUUUCUACCUCAAGAUCCUCUACUUGAGGAAGAAAGUGGUGUAGAAGUUAAACUAAACUUUAAGGCUCUAAACAAAGCACUGGAGAACAGUGAAAAUGAAACCUUAACUUCUGUGCCUGAUAACCCACCGGAACGGACAAAAUUCACAUCUGCAGCAUCUUCUUCGGCCAGAGUUCUAAAGAAGGAGUCAGAGAACGACUCAAAUGCAAUUGGUCCACCCAAACGAAUCAAAUUAACACCAAAUGCCUCCUCAUCCUCCGCAUCGGCAUCUCAGCCGUUCAACACAGAAGCUGUACAUUUAGCGUUCGCCGAGUUCUUCUUUGCUUGUAAUAUUCCAUUCAAGGUGCUAAACUCAGUCCAUCUGAAACAUUUCCUAUCAAAAUUGAAUAAGAUCUAUCGACCGCCCAGUUUGAGGGAGCUGACAACUACCUAUCUAGAUAGAGCGUAUGAUAAGUACAAAAUCCCAAUCCCUAAUGAAGAGCAAGAGGGCAUUUUGCUGCUAAGCGGCUGGAAAGAUUUCACAAAUUCAGAAAAAUGUAUUGUUGCGUGUUUAUAUUUGACGGGAGAAAAUGACGCUCGAGUAUUUUUAAAUACGUGGGAUUUGAGUAUUCACGUUUUUAGCGACAAUGAGGACAUCCAGAAGAAAGUUGUUGAGGAGUCGAUAGCAUUGGCGAAGGAGAAUCACAACGCGAAGAUAUAUGCGGUUAUAUCAGACAAUCAGCAUCUAAACCAUAGUCUACAAGGCAUGCAGCUUUGGCAUUCUGUUUGUCAGAGCUACUUGGCCGGAUGCCUGGCGCAAGAUGUAGUUAACGCCGAGGACGCCAAACUAGUGAAGCAAAUCUUGCAAGAGUUCCAACGGGAGGAGACUGAAGCCCAAAUUGUUGAACGUGGCGGGACCCGUGUUCUUCUACCUUGGGAUAAUCGUUGGUGUACAUAUCGCGAUUCAUUUCAGUGUUACGUAAAAAACAAUGCAAUCCUACGUGACCUCAUUCUAGAGGAGAAAUGUACAGUUCAUGGCAAUAUUCGUGAGGCGAUUUUCAAUGAUGACUUCGUUGCAAAAAUUCGAAUUUACGUAGGAAUGUUGGAGCCACUCUGUAAACUAAUAUAUUUGUCGCAAAAGAAGAAAACAACACUAGCCGAAGUUACUGAGGAGUGGAUGCAGUUAGUCUUCCCGCCUGAAUUCCAAACACAUUUACAACACAGGCGAAAUGCAGCACUGACGCCGUUCGCGCUAGCUGCAAAUUUCAUGCAUCCAGUUUAUCGUGGCCGUAGCAUCGGUGACGAUCGCAUGGAAACGGUGGAGUUUUUCUUUUUGGAAAAUCUAAACUCCAAAGGAUUGGAUGAUAUGUUUCUGUUCAAGAAAAACGAAGGAAUUUUCCAGGUUUUAGCUGAAAAGCAAGUUACUACGUGCAAUACAUAUUGGAGCAUAGCUGGACGGAAGCAUGCCGAGCUGACCACGCUCGCUAAAAAGGUACUAUGUAUUCCUGCUUCUGUUUCAUAUAUCGAUAAGAUCUUCUCAAGUUGGUCUACGACACAUUUGGCUGCAAGGAAUUUAUUGGGCAUGGAAGUGUACAGGAAACUAACGAAAACGCACUUUGUCUUGAACUUAGCGGAUAAUAGUUAGUGUCGAGUUUAGGGUGAGAUUAUCAUAUUUAAUUUACAAUUUCCCUAAAGUUUCACUAUAUAUAAGUUUAGUAUAAGUAAGCAUUUUCGGUAUAUUUUUAACUGGUCGGCACAAACUGGUUUUAAUUUUUAGUUGAACCCUAGCCAAAUGAUCAAAACGUUAUUCAGUAUUAGCAAAAUUAUUGACAAUUUAUUGAUAUUUUAUCAUUACUACAUUUUACUUAGAACUUUACAAUUUUGAUUCACUUUCAUUGAGGCGCGUUGAGGCGGUUAAGAUCAAUUCCUGCCCCGAAAAUGUUGAUCUUGCUGUUGAUGUGUCAGGUACACUGAAAACGAGGUCCUAUUACCAAUAGGAUAAUUUCUCGUUUGCCUAAUUAACGCAAUACUACUCAUAUGAGUGCUUUGAUUUAUUUAACUCAUUCUGAUAAGACAUUCUGCCCCCCAGAGAAGAGGAGAUAAUUUUAGCGUUUUUAAAAAUAGUUUAUCAUUUGUAAUUCUCUUUGUAUUUUAAAAGCUAUCUUGGAUAGAAUAAACAAAUAUAAUCCAAUAUAA